UCGCUUGGCGCUUGGCGUUUGGCAUUCAGUUCGUUCGUCGUUGCAUGGUUGUUUAUGAAAUCUGAGUUAUUCGUCCGUUUCCGUCGUAGCUUUUCGCGUUUUCGCCUUGUGAGGGAGAUGUUUGUGUGGAUGUACGCUAUAUAGCGGCGAAUCAACCUUCGUCUUUCACAAUGACCGACAACAAGGACGGUAAAGGUACGAAAGAGUCGAAUGAACAACGAGGUAGCGGUGACGACUCCGAAGACGAAUGUGAAAUUUUAGAAGAAAGUCCAUGUGGCCGAUGGCUUAAGAGGCGUGAAGAGGUGCAGCAACGCGACAUACCCGGAAUUGAUGCAGCGUAUCUUGCGAUGGACACUGAUGAAGGUGUGGAAGUUGUGUGGAAUGAAGUGAAGUUUUCCGAACGGAAAAAUUUCAAGGCUAAAGAGGAAAAAAUCCGUGAGGUCUUUGACAGCCUCGCUCAGCUAGAACACCCAAACAUAGUAAAAAUUCACAAGUACUGGAUGGACAAGGACUCAGAAAAACCGAGAGUGAUCUUCAUCACCGAGUACAUGUCUAGUGGCUCUUUGAAGCAGUUCCUCAAGAAAACCAAAAGGAACGUCAUCAAACUGCCCCUACAGGCAUGGAAGAGGUGGUGCAACCAGAUUCUGUCAGCUUUAAGCUAUCUGCACUCUUGUUCCCCUCCAAUCUUGCAUGGAAAUAUGACAUGCGAUACGAUAUUCAUCCAGCAUAAUGGCCUUAUCAAGAUAGGUUCUGUGGCACCUGACGCUAUCAACCACCACGUGAAAACUUUUCGGGAGAACAUAAAGAAUGUCCACUUCAUUGCCCCCGAAUACGGAAGUAAGUCAUUCUCCAUGGUUACCCCCGCAGCUGACAUCUAUUCCUUUGGAAUGUGCGCUCUGGAAAUGGCAGCUUUGGAAAUUCCUGGUAAUGGUGAUUCUGGAACACAGAUCACAGAAGAUGUAGUGAACAAGACAAUAGAGUCCUUGGAAAAUAUACAACAGAAGGACUUCAUUCGGAAGUGCUUGAAGAAAAACCCUCAGGAACGGCCGACAGCGCGGGAACUGCUGUUUCACCCAGUCAUUUUUGAAGUACAUGCACUCCAAGUGCUUGCAGCACACGUCAUCGUCAAGAGUGCAUCAUACCACCCAGAUCAGCUCACGGAUGAAGCUGUGCUGUCUCGCUACAGUCAAGCGGACAUUAUAGCGGAGAUAACGCAUAAAGAUGACAGGCCAGGUGUCAAGAUACGCAAGAAUGAAGUGCCUAAGUUGGAACUUGAGAAGCUGCUCGAGGACGUCAGGAAUGGAAUAUAUCCCCUCACUGCAUUCGUGAUGUCGCAUCAACCCAUAGUACGGCCACGUGCCACGUCUCCCGAGGUUUCCGAAUCGGUGCAGUCGGCUUCGCCGGAGCAGUUUGAUGCGGAGACGCGCCGUAUCAUCAACAUGAUGUGCAACAUCAAGCAGCAAGAGGAGUCGCAGAGUUUUGUGAUGACAUUGCUACUUCGGAUGGAUGAUAAAAUGAACAGGCAGCUAACGUGUGAACUUUCGUUAAAAGACACACCAACAGUACUAGCCAUGGAGCUGGUUCAUUUUGGCUUCAUCAACAAGGAGGAUCAGAACAUGGUCGAAGUGCUCAUCCAGGAUACGCUAAGCAGAAGUCACAUUCCAAAUGUCGCACUCUCACCCAGCUCCCCUGUGUCCGUAGGAGCGGCGUGAUCGGCGUCUCCGUCGUGUAGUUGGACUCUUUACGCGUGCGAAACCCGCAUGGAUCCCCAUAGUAGCACGUGCCAUGCCAGCAUCCUGCCUUCUGCGGCCAGCACUAUUUUUCCAGACACUCACUCGCGCGUGGUGUUCAACCAGAGCGUGUGCUACGCCUUAGAUGUUCUACAGUUUGGGGGGGAAACAGAAGAUACGGGACAUGCCGCAAAUGUUUCGGCUACAUUGUAACCUGCAGUUGUCUGCUCCUGUCCAUCGCAGUUUUACUUCUUGGCUGUGUUGUUCUUUCUGAAGCUCUGUGCCUUCAUCUUUUUUUUUUCUUUUUUAAAUUUUCUACCUCGGGGGAGCCUCGUAAAGUUAAUUUUAAGAGUGAAAGAAAUCAAUUGCCAUGAUGUUAAUUUUAAGACUCGUCGGAUUGUGUUUAAUAUGUUGAAAAUUUUGUCGUGUCCGGAGAUUCACGAAGGCUUCACGGCUGUACUAGAAUUGGGCAAACGUGCCCAACAGGCAACGUCAAUGUGCAUUGUGGUGGAGACAACCCAAGGAUGUAUGAGAGACUGCUGUACAGGAGUACCCUUGGAAACAUACGUCUCCAGCCUGAUGUAAUUCUGCGAGGCACCAAUAGGGAGCUGUGACUUGUUUGGGCCACUUUGUCCCCCAUGGGCCACUGGAGGGCCCAAAGUGAGAUUUUCUUGUGGAGAGUGCUUCGAUUAUUCUUGGAAGAGUGGCAAUCAAGUAUUACUGUGCUUCUUUGAAACAGUGUCACAUAUGGGAAAUGUGGAUUUCUAAAACGUAUGGGCUAUUUCGGAACAUUCUUAAUAACCAAGCAAAAAAGUUUACAGACGGAAUAUUGCGACUGCACGGCAUCCUAAAGGCUGAGGCUGAAUGCGCUUUUAUUUAAGGGAAUGAAAUUGCAAAAGCGGAGAUAUAUAUAAUAGACCCUCAUGAGCUUCAUGAGAUGUCAUUGGCACAAUGCAGAAAUUGUAGGGGUAUUGUGUAGCUCUAUUAGGUCCUAAAAUAUUGCAGUGCUUGCUGCUUAUUUCGUGAGAAAUCCUAAAUAAAAAUUAUGUAAAGCAUUA